AUGUCGGCUGAAUCGCCAGCUCGGCCGACGCGCCGCGCUGCGCGCAAAAAUGUUAUAGUAGAAGAGUCGGACGACGAGUUGAGCCUCAUCAAAGAGGAUGACGAUGAGGAGUUUACGCCCGCGCCGAAGCGAAGCCCGCGCAGGUCUACGAGAAGACAGACAACUGCCAGCGUCGAUGCAUCACCCAAGAAGUCGGCGCGCUCACGCAAGUUCAAGACCGGCGAGGGCAUUGAACCCUCGCAGAUAUUCGACCCAGAAGAGGCCAUGCCGGCCAGUGACCCUACCUCUCCAACAAAGACUUCAUCACCACGAAAACGAAAGAGUGCCGUUCCUCGAAAAAGCCGGAGGUCCUCUGUCGUACCACCUCUACCUGAGUUAUCCCCUCCCGAUACCACGACCCUUGCUGCACCAGAGAUCUCAGCUGGAACGCCUCUGAAAGACAUCACCAGCCAGGCGUUGAACAAAAAUGUGCCGCAGGAGGCCUAUCAAGAGUCGCCCAAACCAAUAAGAACGGCAGAUCCAAUGAUAGAGAAACCAAUGGACAUCGUUAUACGGGCAAGAGCACAGGCCGUUCCUAUUGCAGAAGAGCCAACCGGAACCAAGUCUAGGAUGGUCAUUCGACAGCUAGUCAUGACCAACUUCAAAAGCUAUGCCGGAAGGCAAGUCGUUGGACCCUUCCAUGCUUCAUUCUCUGCGGUCGUGGGGCCAAACGGCUCUGGAAAAUCCAACGUCAUUGACUCUCUGCUCUUCGUCUUCGGCUUCAGGGCGAGUAAGAUGAGACAGGGCAAAAUCUCGGCGCUGAUUCACAACUCUGCACACCACCAAGAUCUUGAUUUCUGCGAGGUUGAGGUCUAUUUUCAAGAGAUCAUUGAUCUACCCGGAGGGAAGCACGAAAUAGUGCCAGACUCGGAACUUGUGGUCUCCAGGAAAGCGUUCAAGAACAACACAAGCAACUAUUACUUGAACGGCAGGACGACGAAUUUUACGACAGUGACGACAUUGCUCAAGGACAAGGGUAUCGACCUAGAUCACAAACGAUUCUUGAUCUUACAGGGCGAGGUCGAGUCCAUUGCGCAGAUGAAGCCCAAGGCUGCAAACGAACACGACGAUGGGCUGCUGGAGUAUCUCGAGGACAUCAUUGGAACCUCGAAGUACAAGACACCCAUUGAAGAAGCCGCUGUCGAGCUUGAAAGCCUCAAUGAAAUCUGCGUUGAGAAGCAGGGUCGCGUCCAGCAUGUCGAGAAAGAAAAGAAUAGCCUCGAAGAUAAGAAAAACAAAGCUCUGACAUUUAUCCGCGACGAAAACGAACUGGCAGAAAAGCAGUCAGCCUUGUAUCAAAUCUAUAUCGCCGAAUGUGAAGACAACAACAAAGUCACGGAAGAGGCAAUACAGCAAAUUCAAGAGCAGCUCAAUGCCGAGUUGGAGAAGCAUGCUGGUAAUGAGGAUGCCAUUAGAGAACUCGAAAGUGCGUACCACAAAGCGGUCAAACAGUAUGAACGAAUCGAGAAGCAAGUCCAAGAUCUGAACAAAGAAUUAGCUAAACUUGACAAGGAGGGUGUCAAGUUUGAUGAAAAGCGCAAAUUUAUUGGGGGCAAACAGAAGAAAGCAGAGAAGACCGCUACUUCCAGUCGCUUGGCUGCAUCUGAAGCCCAAAGUCUUGUCGAAAGACACACGGGUGAUGUCCAACGAAAAGGUGCAGAGGUUCUCGAACUUGAGAAGGAGAUGGAGCAAGAAGAGAAAAAGCUAGCUGCCAUCAGGGAUGAUCUCAAGGGGAAGACCCAAGGCUUGUCUGAUCAGAUUGCCGUGAAGCAAAAGUCGUUGGAGCCGUGGAAUGCCAAAAUCAACCAAAAACAGUCUGCUAUCGCUGUUGCACAAUCCGAACUCGACAUCCUCCAAGAGAAAGCUAACAGCGGUCAAAAAUCAAUAGACCAAGCCAAUGAAAGAGUUGCGAGCAUUGAGGCGAACAAGACCACGAAGCUCGAAGAAAUUGAGCAACGAAAAUACGAAAAAGCCCGAUUGGAGAAGGAUAUUAGGAAAAUCCAAGAUGCUCUACAGAAGCUCGCCGCUAGUGAGCCCGAGGUUCGAUCACAGAUAUCGUCGGCACGGCAAAAGGCUGAUGAGGCACGUGCUAGUCUCGCAACCAGCCAGAAUCAAAGCAAUGUGCUCAAGGGCUUGUUACGGCUCAGGGAUUCAGGUCGCAUCGAUGGCUUCCACGGUCGCCUCGGCAAUCUAGGUACGAUCGAUGAAAAGUUCGACGUUGCCAUUUCCACAGCCUGUCCCUCAUUGGAGAACAUGGUUGUUGACAAUGUCGAAGUCGGCCAGUUGUGUAUCGAAUAUCUCCGGAAGAACAACUUGGGACGAGCAAACUUCAUUCUUCUCGACAAACUUGCUCAGCGCGAUCUGUCUCCUAUAAAAACUCCCGAGAACGUACCUCGACUCUUUGACCUCAUCAAGCCCAAGCAUGAACGUUUUGCCCCAGCCUUCUACAGCGUCAUGCAGAAUACGCUUGUUGCACAAGAUCUCGAACAGGCAAAUCGAAUUGCUUACGGUGCCAAACGAUGGCGGGUCGUCACUCUUGAUGGUCAAUUGAUCGACGUCUCCGGGACUAUGAGUGGUGGUGGAACUCGUGUUGCACGUGGUGCCAUGUCAUCUAAGUUGUCUUCAGAUACCACCAAAGAGCAGGUUCAGAAGCUUGAAAACGAAAGAGACCAACUAGAGAAGCAGUUCGAGGCUUUUCAGACGAGACAAAGGGAACUCGAGGCAAGCCUCAGAGAGAAGCAAGAAGAGAUUCCGCGUCUGGAAACCGCUAUUCAGAAGACGAAUCUCGAAGUAGAGACCUGCACCAGGAAUAUUGCAGACGCACAAAGACGAAUCCAAGAUCUCCUCACCGAGUUGGCUAGUACUUCAGUCGACGACACUCAGAUCAUCCGUCUCCAAACGCGCAUUGAGUCGAUGAACAGGGAGCUUGAACAAUUACACUCCGAGACGGCCAGUGUGGAGGCGGAGAUCCAGGCUCUGCAGGACAGGAUCAUGGAGGUUGGUGGCAUUCAGCUCCGAACUCAGAAGGCUCGAGUCGAUGGCCUUAAAGAAAGAAUUGACAUGUUAAAUGACGACAUCUCCAACGCGGAAGUGGCCAAGACGAAGAACGAGAAGCUCAAGACCAAGAACGAAAAGACCAAAUUGGACGCAGAGAAGGAACUUGAAUCUCUAUCGAAAGAUCUUGAACAGCUGGAACAAGAUAUCGAGAAACACAAGUCUGCUGCUGCGGAGCUGCGAGGCCAGGUGGAUCAAGCUGAAGAACAACAGACCAGGAUGAAGGACGAACUUGGAGAUUUGAAGAAGAAUCUUGAUGCGCAAACAGCCGAAUUGAACUCGACGAGAGCUGUUGAAAUCGAGAUGAAAAAUAAGCUUGAAGAAAACAACAAGGUCCUGGCAGACAAUCAAAAGAAGAAUCGUUACUGGACAGAAAAGUUGUCCAAACUAACGUUACACGAUACCACCGACCUAGAAGCGAUAUCCCCAGAUCGAGACCAGCAAAGGCUUGAGAGGCCGGCGGAUGAAGAGGACAUGCCGGACGCACCUCCUGAAGCAGAUCCGGACGCCAUGGACGUUGAUGAAGAACCACAUGAGGAGGAGCAAAAUGCCCCUCCUACCCCGGCAAGCAGGCAGCUGCAGAUAUUCACUCGCGAUGAGCUCCUUGACAAAAACAAAGACCAUCUUGUCGCCUCAAUUGCGGCUCUCGAAGAGAAGGUUUCUAAUGCUUCAAGCAUUGAUUUGAGCGUUAUCGCUGAAUAUCGGCGUCGAUGUCAAGAAGUGGCUUCCCGAACAAGUGAUCUCAAGAGUGCGGUGAAGACUAGGGAUGCGGCCAAAACACGACUGACUGAUCUUCGCAACCUCCGCCUUACCCAGUUCAUGACAGGCUUCACCACCAUCUCUUCGCAUCUGAAGUCUAUGUACCAGCUCAUCACGCUCGGAGGCAAUGCCGAGCUCGAACUGGUAGACAGUCUUGAUCCAUUUUCCGAAGGCAUCCUGUUUUCUGUCAUGCCUCCCAAGAAAAGCUGGAAGAACAUUGGUAAUUUGUCUGGUGGCGAAAAGACAUUGAGUUCACUCGCCCUGGUAUUUGCACUACAUGUGUACCGGCCGACUCCGUUGUACGUGAUGGACGAGAUUGAUGCGGCGCUGGAUUUCAGAAACGUGUCGAUCGUGGCAGGCUACAUCAAAGAGCGAACCAAAAACGCACAGUUUAUCGUCAUCUCCUUGCGAAACAACAUGUUCGAGCUCGCGGAACGCCUAGUGGGCAUCUACAAGGAAGCCGAAGACAGGGGCAAGCCGCCCAAUGAGGGUGUGACGACCAGUGGACCACCAGGACAAUUUCGGUGA